CGGGUGGAUCGGGAAUUCUUACGUAUACGAAACGAGAUUUUCACCAAAACUUUGCGGGAUACAAACCUCACAGGGACUUUGGAAAAGGGACUUCUAAAAUCAAAAGUGAAAGAGGUUGAAUUUGAAUCUAAGUUAAAGGACAUUAUACAUCAACUCAGUCGAACAAAUGAAUUAACUUCCAAGAUGGAAGGUGGUGUAAGAAACAUUAAAGGAGAUGCACACAAGUUGAAACAAAACCACCGGGAAAUGAAAAAAGGAUUGGAAAAAUUCAAAAAGAAAUUUGAAACUACUGAAAGGUUGGCCAGCAGUUUAAAGAACGCUUUGAGUGAUCUUAGAUCUGAGUGGAUUCAAAUCAAAAGAGAAGUACAAGACUCAAGAUCUGAAAGCAUGCAGCUAAAAUACGGUCAGAAUGAUAUCAUAUCAGAGGCAGCUUCACUAAACACACGCAUUGAAUCAACUGAACAAGACUCAAAAACGUUAAAAGACACUCAAAAUGAACUGAACACAAAUAUAAAUGCUCUCAAGAGAAAGGUAGAAGAGAUAAAAGGAGAUAAUGUCAUUUUGAAAAACAGCCAGAGUAACACAAGAUAUGAGCACGAAGAAAUCAAAAAAAAGUUGGCCCAAAUGGAUUCUGAUUCAACUGCAAUGUUACACGAUGUCAGAUAUCUAAAAGAGGUAACCAACAAACUCAAGCGACAAUUUCUGACCAUAGUUGAAAGUGGCAAGAACACAUCGACAUCACAAAUCACCAUUGAAAAUUUAUUGAAAAAGAUAGGUACCUACCAGUUUGAGAAAGAUUCAAAUGAUCUGAAUGAACAAAAUGAAAAGAUAGACAUUGGGAGCGAUGACGAUGUACCAAUGCUAAAUAUUCUCGGUGGUGGUAAAGUUCGCUUACGGAAUCCUAAAAACGAACAUGUCGAAAUCAAAGAACCACCAGAGAGAAAUCAACAGAAAACAAGAGCAAUACCAAAAGAUUGCCAUGAUUUAUACAAGAAUGGUUUUGAAGUCAGCGGUGUCUACAGGAUAAUGCCCAAAGGGACGGCCAUGUUGGAUGACGUGUACUGCCAGUAUGUCAACAACACUGGUUGGACUGUCAUACAGAGGCGGGUGGAUGGAGUAACUAGUUUCAAUAAUGGCUGGAUAGAAUACAAAUAUGGAUUUGGAAAUCUUUAUUCUGACUUUUGGCUCGGCAAUGAAAAGCUUCAUCAUCUCACAAACCAGAGAGAUUAUACAUUACGUGUUGAUAUGUGGGAUUGGGAAGGCAAUCAGGCGUAUGCAGAAUACCAUACGAUGAAGAUAUCUAGCGAGAAAGAGAAGUACACGUUAAACGUUACUGGGUAUUCUGGCAAUGCCGGCGAUUCACUUACGUUCCAUGAAGGCAUGGCGUUCAGUACCCAGGAUUACGAUAACGACAGACAUGUGAAGAAUUGUGCAGCAGAUAAUAAAGGAGGAUGGUGGUUCCAUAGCUGCUUUUCCAGUCAUCUGAACGGCGUCUACCAGAAACGCUGGUACUCGGAGAAUGGACGCUCCUUUGCGGAUGGCAUCGUGUGGUACACACUGAAGCAUGACGAAUUUUACUCUCUCAAGAAGGUGGAAAUGAAAUUGAGACCAAAUUCUAAUUAAUUUAUUUUGGGACAUUUGAUCUAAUAUCUACUUAAUACUUAUUCAAAAAGACAACAUGCCACCAAAAACAAUUAAAGGACGUGAAAAGAGACAACAUGUUAAAGCCUACAUUGUAGUUUUA